UCUCCACAGUCUGGAUGUCCGGCCCGAACGAGGAUUUUGACGAAAACAUCAACCGCAGACUGCGUACCGGAGCCAACCGGGGAGGGGGCACGGAGCCGCGACGGACGGAACCGAUGGAUCCAGCGGCGUGACAGCCUCGUCGAUGGCGCUCGUAAAGUUGGAUAACGGUGCUCGGCCUUAGAUAGAGUCAGAUUUAACGGCGAUGACUGCGGUAUCACUUGUUAGAUAGAGACACAGAGAGGGGCCAAAGUGGACUCCCUCCCUCGGUAGAUCCGAUCCGCCCCAUGGAGGCUGACGGGACCUUUGCAGAGAGCUCCAGGCCCCGAAUGUCACCUGCGAAAGUCCCCGCCGGAGGACGAGGUUAAAGGGGGGGAAACGACGCGCACAUCUGCCCGCGACUUGAUCCGACAACUUCUCGAAAAGGCUGCGAAGUGAAAGUUAGCAGGUGAUCGUUAGCAGCAGGAGGGGAGAUGACCAUCAGAGAUAUCACCUAGGUAGAGGUCCAGCAGCGCCUCAGGUGAACUCCGGACAGGUGAACUGCGCAGCUUCACGGACUUUCUGGUUUCAUGAUCCAGAAAUAAGAACAACACACAUCAGCAAGUUGACUGGCUGAUUUUUUUUUUUUUUUUACUUUUUUGUUUUUUAAUUUCUCUGUCAUCAAGUGUCGCCUCUUCAUUCCAACAACCAUGUCAUUCAAAGACAAUGCCUGUCGGAAAUUUCAAGCCAACAUUUUCAACAAAAGUAAAUGCCAGAACUGCUUUAAGCCGAGAGAAUCACAUUUGCUGAACGACGAGGACUUAAAUCAGGCAAAGCCUAUAUAUGGAGGAUGGUUGUUGCUGGCACCCGAGGGAACAAAUUUUGACAAUCCCUUACACAGAUCUCGGAAAUGGCAGAGAAGGUUCUUCAUCCUCUACGAGCACGGCCUACUGCGUUACGCUCUGGACGAGAUGCCCAGCACUCUACCCCAGGGUACGAUCAAUAUGAACCAGUGCUCUGAUGUCAUCGACGGCGAGUCCAGGACUGGUCAGAAGAACUCGCUGUGCAUCUUGACCCCUGAGAAAGAGCACUUCAUACGGGCAGAGUGCAAAGAAAUCAUCAACGGGUGGCAGGAGGCUCUGACUGUGUAUCCCAGGACCAACAAGCAGAACCAGAAGAAAAAGCGCAAGGUUGAUCCACCCACUCAGCAGGGUGGAGUAACUCCAAGCCAGUGUUUUUCCAUUGAAGACAUGAAUGGACAUCCAGAGCCUGGCCCCGCUAAGGUGACGGUGACCAGCAGCAGCACUGGAGGCAGCAUCCCCUGCCUGCCCAGCAGCAUCGCCAGCGCCGAGCGCGUCCCGAUGAGCCGAUCCAGUCUGUGGCAGGAGGAGAGCCGCUGGAGCAGAGCCACCAUCCCCUGCAGCCGCAGUGCCUCCUGCAUCAGCCAGCUGAGCCAGAGCCAGCCAGACUCCAGUAACACUACACAGGAUGAUGCCAGCACUGUGAGCACCGGACGAAAGGUACGAGUGGAGAGCGGCUACUUUUCCCUGGAGAAGACCAAGUCGGAGCCUGCUCCACAGUCUGCACACCACCCUCAGCCACCCCAGCACCUUCCCUUGUCCACUUCAACGUCAUCCUCCUCUUUCGGAGCUCCCAGUUCCAGGUACAACUCUGAAUCCGAACCCCAGACUUCCCCUCACCAACCCUUGCAGGACCCUCUCCCCUCUCCAGGUGCGCUUGUUUCCCCAAGCUACUCCACCAUCAGCUCCUCCCAGAGCUCGCUGGACUCUGAUCCCAGCGGAGCUGCACCCGCCUGGGAGGGACACGGCGGUGGUGGAGGAGGCUCCGGUAGCAUCGGCGGAGGAGGGGGAGGCAGGAUCGGCCGCUCUGGCAGGGAGUACGCAGCGCUGUCAGACGUGCCUCGGGCCCGCAGGCUGACCUACAGAGAAGCUUUCCGCUCAGAGAAAAAGCGUCAAGACCUGAGGGCACGAACGAGAAGUCCUGGGAGGGAGGAGGUGGCUCGGCUGUUUGGGGAGGAGCGCAGGCGAACUCAAAUCAUCGGCCGGUUCGAGGAGGGUCAACAUGUUGAACGUAUGGACACAAGCAGCUCCAAUGAGCCCUCAGUGAACACAGUGUUAACCCAGAGACAAGGCCGCAGCGAGAGGCGCUAUCUGACAAGCAAACAUGAGAUGUCUCUGGAUUCAGCAAAAGACCGUUCAGCCCCCGAUGUGUCCAGCUCCAGCUUUGCCAACUUGAGAAGAGCCAAGUCACUGGACCGCAGAGUCACCGAGUCCUCCAUGACUCCGGAUCUGCUGAACUUCAAAAAAGGAUGGAUGACGAAGCUGUAUGAUGAUGGAAUGUGGAAGAAACACUGGUUUGUCUUGACAGACCAGAGUUUGAGGUACUAUAAGGACUCAAUUGCGGAGGAGGCGUCAGAAAUGGAUGGUGAGAUUGACCUUUCCACAUGCUAUGAUGUCAAAGAGUUCCCUGUCCAGAGGAAUUACGGCUUCCAAAUCCUGUGUAAAGAGGGAGUGUGCACGCUGUCAGCCAUGACCUCUGGAAUCCGUCGCAACUGGAUUCAGGCCAUUAUGAAGAAUGUGCGACCCACUAUCGCCCCCGAUGUCACCCGGAAAAACAUCUCUCUGAAACUAUCCGUUCUGAAGCCCAGAUCCAUCCCCGAUGAGAAGAUCAAAUCUCACGUGAUGCUGGAGCCGUGUCUGCAGCCCGCCCCUGAGCCAAACGCUGGCCCUGAGGUCAACAAGUCUGACGUCCACAGACAGCCGGGCUCUGCUCCUGCCUCCGAGCCCCGGAAAAGCCGAGUUCGUGAGCGCAGACGAGAGGGACGCUCAAAGACUUACGACUGGUCUGAGUUCAAAAUGGAACAGACAGAAAAGCCUGUAAAAGAGCGAGCGGGCACCAUUGACCUCAGCUCGUCCUUCUCCACAACCUCCUCCUACUGCUCUCCCUCUUCUUCGCCUUCUUCCUUAGCGUCCUCUCCUGUCUCUACCUCCUCCAUCCAAACCUCCUCUGUAUCAGGUGCUCACCCACCGUCCGCAACAGAAGAGGCGGAAAAGGAGAAUGUCAGGAGGGGUGUCCCCCCUCACAGCGCCACCAGUGCGACUCACAUGCCAAAUACUGUUACUGUUACUGUCAUUUCAACGCUAAAUGCGACACCAUCGGUGCAGCCAUCAACGCCUGAAAGCCCAGAACAAGGAAAGAUGGAAGUAGACCAUCCUGCUGCCAUGUCUUCAGAGAGAGAAGACAAGAAGGGCAACAGAUCCCCAGAUGUUCAAGUAGAGAUUGAACAGCGAUGGCAUCAGGUGGAAACGACACCGUUAAGAGAAGAGAAGCAAGUACCCAUCACCACAGCUUUAGGAAACUCGAGUAACUCGGACAGAUUGCCUGCUCAUGAGCUCGCUGCGCUGCUAGACAAAGAGUUGGGACAGAAGCAGAAGGAGCUGGACCGACUACAGAAGCAGAACAACCUUUUAAAGGAGCAACUGGAAGAUGCGCUCGGGAGAGAACAAAGUGCCAGAGAGGGUUAUGUACUGCAGAGUGCAACACCCCCUUCCUCCUCACCGCGCAAAGUGCCAUGGCAACACUUGCACGAGCUUAAUCAAGACUUACAGGGCGAACUGGAGUCCCAAAAGCGGAAGCAAGACAUCGCUCAACAGCAGAUCCGGUCAUUAAAGAGAAGUUACACUGAAGCCCAGGAUGCUGUAGACCGGCAUGAGAAUGAUAUUCAGGCACUGCAGGCUAAACUUGCAUCUGCAAUGGCUGAAAUCUUAGCUAGUGAACAGGCUGUGGCCCGAAUGCGGAAUGAGCUCAAGCUAGAGCAGGAGCGCUCAAAAGAACAGGAAGUGGAAUACAGCCAUGGUGAGGCCACCUUACGAAGCCAGCUGAAGGACAGCGAAGAUAGACUCCGUGAAGUCGAGGCCAACCUCCUAGAGAGAAACCAGGCCCUUCGGCACUUAGAGCAGCAGCAGGCCCUGCAAAGAGACCACAUGAGGGAGAUACAGAGGUUGCAGGAGAAGCUGCAAGAGGUGACUGCUCGACUAAAUGCUACAGAAGAGGGUCAGGCACUGAAGGAGGAGCGCCUGAGGAAGGAACAGAGCAGCAUGCAAGAAAGUUAUGAGAGGGAGAGACAGAAUCUGUGUCGAAGAUUAGCUGAGACUGAAACUGCACAGAAGGAAACAGAGGACAGGCUGUUGGAGGCUGAGCAGCAGGUGGAGGCCUUGUUAAGAGGAAGGCGAGCUUCAGGAGGUAAAGAAUGCAGAGAGGAAAUGCUGAAGUUGCAAGAGCAGCUGGCCCAAAAGACCAACUUGGUUGAGUCGCUGAGGGAAAGUGUGCGCAGGCUGGAGGAAGAAAAAGGCCAUCUCACAUGCCGCUGUCAGGAGCUUCUCAACCAGAUCGCAGAAGCCGACCGUGAGGUGAACAAGCUCCGCAAUCGCCUGGAAACAGAAGAAGCUGAUUACAGCACCCUGGAGCACUCUUAUGAGAGGGCUACUCAGGAGUUUCAGAAGAUGAGCCAGUUCCUCAGAGAAAAAGAAGAAGAGAUCCGGCAGACAAAGGAGAUGUAUGAGAGGCUGGUGGAACGCAAGGAAGAGGAUCUAAAGGAGGCACUUAUAAAAAUGACUGCACUUGGCAACAGCUUAGAGGAAACGGAGCAGAAGCUGCAAGCUAAGGAGGACCUUCUUUGUCAAAUGAGUCAAAGCCUCUUAGAUAAGGUUGAGCCUUGUACUGCUGAGAAGGAGCUGAAAGCCAAACUGGUGGUUGCAGAAGACCGCAUUGCAGAGUUAGAACAGCACCUCAACGCCCUGCAGCUGGGAUAUGCUGAUCUGCGCAUGGAAAGGCAGCAAAUUCCAGAACAAACCAAGAAGGGAAGAGUUAAAACAUCAUUCUCCCUGUCAUCAACCACAAAGCAAUCCCUUUCUAUUGACAAUACAGCCAAGACAGAGAGCUCCCCAGAUGAUAAGGAGUCUCAAGCUAAGAGACCAAGGAUCCGUUUCUCCAACAUUCAGUGCCAAAAAUACAUCAGUCUCGAGGGCCUGGACUCUAGCCAGGUGAGCAGUAGCUUUGUGGAUGCAGGGCAGAAAGAUAAGCAGGACACAAAUGAGGACAUUGAAGGAAACCCCCCCUCAGAUAUGUCAUUCACACACUCUAGUGACCCAGAGAAGUUUAUCUCCAUCAUACACGCCCUAGAGACUAAACUGCUAGCUACUGAGGAUAAGCUAAGAAACCUCACACAGAAUCUAGAGGUGCAAAGAUCCAACCAAGCAGAGGAUAUCUCUGAGAUUGAUCUGAAAAUGACAGAUAAGACAGAGAGUAGUGAUGGAAGUGGGAUACAGAGUAGUUCUGCCAUUAAGCAUUAUACAGAGGCCCUGGUAUGUGUGGAAAAUAGUCGAGAGAAAGUAAGGACUAUUCUCAGUGGCUCUCAUGAGACCACUGAUUCACAGCUGCACUCGUUGUCAGAGAUAGAGAAUGAUUUGUUCAACGCAUCGCUGCACAUUCGUCAAGGGCAAAAGACAUUGGAGGAGCAAUCAACAGCUGUCCAACAGAAUCAAACCCCAGAGACCACAGAUAAAGAUGCAACGCAUCUCUUUGCCAAAACCUUGUCUUUUGAGGCGGUAGUGUUGAACAAGAUGGCUUUGUUGAUACAAACCUCAAAGUCUGACCUCCUACAAGCUCUUGCAGAGAUAUGGGAAGGCAUAGAGCAUAUCAAAAGGAGCGACAAAGAUUGUUUGGCUAUAGUUUACGCCGAUGUCUUGACCAGAAAGUUGAUAUUAGAAAGUGCGUUCUGGAAAGAACUGGAGAAAGCUGAGACAGAUGUUGCUAAAUCCAAAGAGGGAAGUGUAGUAGCUGAUGUAGAUGUCGAUGCCUCGCUUGUUUUUAACACCGUCAUUAAAGCUGAACUAGUCUACUCGAUUCAAAAUCUUAAAGUUUGCUAUGAAGAGAAAUUCAAAAUACUGAAAAGGGAGUUGACUGAAGCGCACAGUAACCUGCAUCAAAGGGAAGUGGCUCUGAAAGCAAUCAUUGAAGCUUCCAAAAGCCCUGAUCUAAAAGCUGUAAUAAAAGAAGUGAAAAAUAACUUUGGGUUCAGUAAACAAAAGCUGGCUGACAUCCGUCCCCCUGAACUUGCCCCCUACAUGGAGCAGAUCGAAACGGAAGAAGCUAGAAACUUGGCUGAGGAGAUCGUAGACAGACAGUUGGCUGCAGAAAUGCCAUCUUGUGGUGUUGACUCUGUUCAGUCGCUGCAGAAUGCUCAUGAGAAUCUGGCCAAUGAGCUUCAGAGACAAGCAGCAAUCCUCCAUCAGUACGCUCAAGAGAUAGAAAGUGGCGGAAACCAUCCUGGAUUGUCGAAAAUGAUCCACGCUCUGUUAGGGCACCAAACUUCUCAAAACCUCACCAGUACCUCUCUUUGUAUGCGUGAAGCUCUUAUCCAGGCUCAGGUGGCGUAUGUGGCGUGCAGGCUGAGGGCGAUGUAUGAACAAGAAAUGGGCUGGUGUAAACAAACCAGUCAGAACAUGGAUGCUCUUGUGCAGCAGCACGCCCGCAACGUCACGGCAAUCCAAGAGAAAUACGAAGCAUCUUUGCAAGAGGAGCGCCUGAACUUCACGCAAAUGGUGGCCACCCUCCAAAAGGAGAAUCAAACGCUGAAGAGUGAGAUCAGCAAACGUGUGAACCAGCUCUCCCAGCAGCAGGAGCAAGCGACACUCCUGGAGCAGCGUUUUCAGAAGGAGGCAGAAGAAAUGAAGCAGAGGCAUAAAAAAGAGCUGAGCCAAGCGGAGCAAGGCCGGGCCUCGACGGAACUGGCCCUCAUGGAGACGGCAGUAGACAGUCAAAAGAAGCUGGAGGUUCUCCUGGGAGACAUGGACUCUAUGGAGGAGCAGCAUGAGAGUGACGUGAGGAAGCUGGAGGAGCAGUUUGAACAGAAGAUCUAUGAGCUGCAGCAUAUCCACAGAGAGGAGAUUGAAAAGUUGCAUUCCCAGUAUGUGGAAAAUGUUGAGUGUCUCAAAGAAUGGGACAAAAAAGCCUUCAAGGGCUCACCUUCACCUGCUUGUGACGAGGCUGCGACACCAAUGGAGGAGGAGGAGCAGGGGAAGGGGGAGGAAGCACAGAAGAUGUCAGAGGUGGACUCCAUGGUGCUUCUGAAGGACCGAAUCCAGGAGCUGGAGACUCAGAUGAAUAGCAUGAGGGACGAACUGGAGAACAAGCACCUUGAAGGAGAUGUGGCCAGCCUGAGAGAGAAAUACCAGAGAGACUUUGAAAGUCUUAAGGCCACAUGCGAACGUGGCUUCGCCGCAAUGGAGGAAACACACCAGAAGGUGAUUGAAGACCUCCAGAGGCAGCAUCAGAGGGAGAUUUCCAAACUCAUGGAAGAGCGGGAGAGACUAUUGGCCGAGGAGACCGCUGCCACAAUUGCUGCUAUUGAAGCUAUGAAGAAUGCACACAAAGAGGAACUGGAAAAGACCCAGCGCUCCCAACUGAGUGGACUGAACUCAGACAUUGAUGAACUUCGCUUGCAAUAUGAGGAGGAGCUGCAGUCCAUCCAGAGGGAGCUGGAGGUGCUGUCAGAGCAGUACUCUCAGAAAUGUCUGGAGAACGCUCACCUGGCUCAGGCGCUGGAGGCCGAGAGGCAGGCCCUCAGGCAGUGUCAGAGAGAGAACCAGGAGCUAAACGCUCACAACCAGGAAUUAAAUAACCGAUUGACUGCAGAGAUCACUCGGAUGCGCUCCUGUUUCAGCGGUGAAACAGCUCUGUCACCACUUACCAAGGGCAAAGAUGUGUAUGAACUGGAGGUUUUGCUGCGAAUAAAGGAGUCAGAGAUCCAGUAUCUUAAACAGGAAAUCCACUCUUUGAAAGAUGAGCUACAGUCUGCUUUAAGGGACAAGAAAUAUGCCACAGACAAAUAUAAGGACAUCUACACAGAACUGAGCAUUGUGAAAGCAAAGGCUGACUGCGACAUCAGCAAACUGAAGGAGAAGCUGCUCAUCGCCACCGAAGCUUUAGGUGAGAGGACUGUGGACGGAACAGUCACAUCUGGAUAUGAUAUCAUGAAAUCAAAGAGUAAUCCAGAUUUCAUGAAAAAAGAACAAUCAUCAAGUUCCAAGCAAUCAAGAGGUCUAAGGUCAAAGUCUGUCACUGAACAGGUCUCAUGGGAUAGCUGACACUCCUAUUGUGGGGUGAUCUCCCCCCUCAGCCCCCACCCCGACAUGUGCUAGCCUGAAAGAGGGAUUAACCGUGCAGGAGCGCAUGAAGCUUUUCGAGGCAAAAGAUUCCAGGAAGAUUUAACUGAAGUUUCUUUUCUGUUACCUGGCCUUGGUUUGAAUGGUCUGAUUGCCACGGCCUUGCCAGCAUCAGCUUAAGACUCUCAUAGGAAAUGGAGAAUAAGUAUCUAUUGAGGUCAGUUCUCGACCUGGACCUACUACUUCCAUGCCUCUGAUAGGUUGUCAUAUUUUAGUUUGAUUUUCUUUUUUCUAAGUAAUGAAAACAGAUUUACAGAAUCAAUCCUGUGUACGGUUUCUUUAUAAUUACAUAUAAUUACAUAGAUGUAUAAUCUGGCCAAGUUGGAGUUGUGUCAAAUAAGCUGUGAGAGGAAUACAGGACAGCAUUUAUAUUGAUCCUCCAAAAAUGCCAAAACAGACAGCAAUACACAGUAUGAAUAAUAUAUAUUUCCCAAUAUGAAUUAAGUAUCUGCUGUAUUUUAUUAUUGUUACAGUGUAUAUCUAAUAAUUUUUAAUGUUGCACCAGUUCUGUUGUACAUAACUACUGGAUAUGUGUAGAAUAUGGUUUGCUAUUGAUUGUUGGGGCAUCUGCUGUACUAUAACUAUGGUUUGAUUGAUAGUGGAAAACAAUGUGAUGCUUAACUUGCUUAUGUAUGAGAGUUUUAUAAAAAAAAUGGAGUGUCUGUGUGUGAAGGGGGGAAGGGUUGGGGUGAGAUUGCACUUAUCACUUGACUACUUGAGGAAGCUUGUUUUUAUUUGUCUGAAAUCGGUGUAGUGACUCCAAGUCAAUUAUUGCAGUGCAACCAAACAUCCUGACUCAAUGUCAUAUUUAGUGAACAACUUGUUAGUGAUACUGGAUUUUUAAAGAUUUCUUAAAACCUGACUUUGUGUUUGUUCAGUUUUGACUUUGGUGUGAGAAUAUCAUCUCAUAAAAAAUACUAUUUCGGAUUUUUUGCAUGACUGUACAGUAUAAUUUGAACUGCAGAAUGAUCAUGUUGCCUCAUUUUCCUACUUUAUGCUUUAGUGUGGAACUCUUAACACUAAUAAGCUUUGCUUUGCAAGUCCUACUGUUUAGAUAUUGAGAUUGAAAUGUUUUACUGUAAGCAGCAGUCUUGAAGCACUUGGCCCAGUCCCUGACCUCUCACUGAAAUCUAGUCGUGCCUCAACUGAGUGAAGAAUAUAAACAUCCAUGAAACCUGUGCAGCUAUGGAUACACACUGUAUAGUAUUCAAACCACGCCUUGUAUAUAUAUAUAUGCCACACGGAAGACUUCUGUGUUUUGUUUUAAACGUGUACCUUGCUCACUAGCUCUAUAUGAAAUAUAUAUGAAUAUUUUUUAUUUUCAUUUGAAUGUAUAACGUCAAAUAAAUGAAGUGUUUGGAAA